GGCCGCAACUCGGGAGCGCCGAGUGACUCGGCGCCCGCAGCAGCCGAGCUGGCCGCGCGUCCCGGCGCCGCGCCUGCCUUCUGCCUGCGCUCCGGCCCGCGCGCUCAGUGCCGCCGAGACGCCGACCAUGAAGACAGUGUGGAAGGUGCUCCUGGGACUGCUGGGGACUGCUGUGCUGGUCACCGUCAUCACCGUGCCCGUGGUUCUGCUGAGCAAAGGCAAUGAUGCUACAGCUGACAGUCGCCAAACUUACACUUUAACUGAUUAUUUAAAAAAUACUCAUAGGCUGAAGUACUACUCCUUGCAGUGGGUUUCAGAUCAUGAAUAUCUCUACAAACAAGAAAAUAAUAUCUUGCUAUUCAAUGCUGAAUAUGGAAACAGCUCCAUUUUCUUGGAGAACAGUACAUUUGAUGAAUUUGGGCAUGCUAUAAGUGAUUAUUCAGUAUCUCCUGAUCGACAGUUUAUUCUCUUAGAGUACAACUAUGUGAAGCAAUGGAGACAUUCCUACACUGCCUCAUAUGACAUUUAUGACUUAAAUAAAAGGCAGCUGAUUACAGAAGAGAGAAUUCCAAACAAGACACAGUGGAUCACAUGGUCACCAGAGGGUCAUAAAUUGGCAUAUGUUUGGAACAGUGAUAUUUAUGUUAAAAAUGAACCAAAUUCGUCAAGUCAGAGGAUCACGUGGAAUGGGAAAGAAAAUGUAAUAUAUAAUGGAAUAACUGACUGGGUUUAUGAAGAGGAAGUCUUCAGUUCCUACUCUGCUCUGUGGUGGUCUCCAAACGGCACUUUCUUAGCAUAUGCCCAAUUUAAUGACACAGAAGUCCCGCUUAUUGAAUACUCCUUCUACUCUGAUGAGUCACUGCAGUACCCAAGGACUGUGAAGAUUCCAUACCCAAAGGCAGGAGCUGUGAAUCCAACUGUAAAGUUCUUUGUUGUAAAUACCGACACUCUCAGCCCAGCCACUAAUGCAACUUCCGUACAAAUCACUGCUCCUGCUUCUGUGUUAAUAGGGGAUCACUACCUGUGUGACGUGACAUGGGUAACCACAGAAAGGAUUUCUUUGCAGUGGCUCCGGAGGAUUCAAAACUAUUCGAUCAUGGAUAUUUGUGACUAUGAUAACUCCACCGGAAGAUGGACUUGCUUAGUGGCACGGCAACACAUUGAAAUGAGUACUACUGGCUGGGUUGGAAGAUUUAGGCCUGCAGAACCUCAUUUUACCUCUGACGGGAACAGCUUUUACAAGAUCAUCAGCAAUGAAGCAGGCUACAGACACAUUUGUCAUUUCCAAGUAGAUAAGACAGGUUGCACAUUUAUUACCACAGGAGCCUGGGAAGUCAUUGGGAUAGAAGCUCUUACCAGUGAUUACCUAUACUACAUUAGUAAUGAAUAUAAAGGAAUGCCAGGAGGAAGAAAUCUUUAUAAAAUCCAACUUAAUGACUCCACAAAAGUGACAUGCCUUAGUUGUGAGCUGAAGCCAGAAAGGUGUCAGUACUAUUCUGUAUCAUUUAGUGAAGAGGCGAAGUACUAUCAACUGAGAUGUUCGGGCCCUGGUCUGCCACUCUAUACUCUGCACAGCAGCAGGAAUGAUCAAGAACUGAGAGUCCUGGAAGACAAUUCAGCUUUGGAUAAAACGCUACAGGAUGUCCAGAUGCCCUCAAAAACACUGGACUUCAUUAUUCUGAAUGAAACAAAAUUUUGGUAUCAGAUGAUCUUGCCUCCUCAUUUUGAUAAAUCCAAGAAAUAUCCUCUACUAAUAGAAGUAUAUGGAGGCCCCUGUAGUCAAAAAGCAGAUGCUGUCUUCAGACUCAACUGGGCUACUUACCUUGCAAGCACAGAAAACAUUAUAGUAGCUAGCUUUGAUGGCAGAGGAAGUGGUUACCAAGGAGAUAAGAUCAUGCACGCAAUCAACAGAAGACUGGGAACAUUUGAAGUUGAAGAUCAAAUUGAAGCAGCCAGACAAUUUUUAAAAAUGGGAUUUGUGGACGACAAACGGGUUGCAAUUUGGGGAUGGUCAUAUGGAGGGUACGUAACCUCAAUGGUCCUGGGAGCAGGAAGUGGCGUGUUCAAGUGUGGCAUAGCCGUGGCACCUGUGUCACGGUGGGAGUACUAUGACUCAAUAUACACAGAGCGUUACAUGGGUCUCCCAACUCCAGAAGACAAUCUUGACCAUUACAGGAAUUCAACAGUCAUGAGCAGAGCUGAAAAUUUUAAACAAGUUGAGUACCUCCUUAUUCAUGGAACAGCAGAUGACAACGUCCACUUUCAGCAGUCAGCGCAGCUCUCCAAAGCCCUGGUGGAUGCUGGAGUGGAUUUCCAGGCAAUGUGGUACACAGAUGAAGACCAUGGAAUUGACAGCAGUACAGCACACCAACAUAUAUAUACCCACAUGAGCCACUUCAUACAACAAUGCUUCUCUUUACAUUAGCACCUCGAAACAGCAUGCCAUUUAAAGCUUAUUAAAAGACAUUUUUAUUCUCAUUAUCUCAAAACUGCAUUGUCAAGAUGAUGAUCUUAAAAGAAAUACAGUCAAAUGAAAAAAUUUAAGGUUGCCUUUGUUUCCAAAUUUCAUAUCUAUAACCCCAAGUAGGGACUUCUACCUUUGCAACAGAUUAUUAUUACCUUACAGAAGUUUGAAUUAUUGUCUCAUUUUGUUUAUUAUUUAAAAUAAUUUCCACAUCAGUUGCUGAAACAAUGAAUAUGAAUUGUUUCUAUGGGACCCUUGCAUAGGUUCCCUGGGCAGCAUUUUACUUUUUCUAACUGGACUAGACCAAAUCUUAUUCUCUUCCUUAAAGGGAUGGCACAACGUGGGCAGCGAUGUCACUGAAGCAGGAGUAAGAAAAGGGAGGGUAGAGAGAGAAGCUAGCAGGGCAUGGCUAGGAACCUGAAUCCAAGCACGCUGACCCGACCCGGCUACUGUCAGCUCCUCUCAGAGCAGAGCUGUUCACAGCCAGACUGGCACAGUUUUCUGAGAAAGACUAUUCAAACUGUCUCAGGAAAUCAUAUAUGCAAAGCACUGACUUCUGAGUAAAACCACAGCAGUUGAAUAGACUCCAAAGAAAUGAGAGGGAAACUGCCAACAAUGCAAGGCCCCCAGGUGCCAGUUAUGGCUAUAGGUGCUACAAAAACACAGCAAGAGUGAUGGGAACGCAUUGUAAAUGUGCUUUAAAAAAUGCUGAUGUUGCCUAGUGAAAGAGGCAGCUUGGAACUGAGAUGUGAACACAUCCGCUCACCCUGUUAAAAGAUGAAAAUAUUUGUAUUGCAAAUCCUAACUUGAAGGAGCCCUUGCAUCAACUUUUCUUAUUUCAUUUCUUUGAGCAUCUUAAUUAAAAGAAUAUUUUAACUUCCUUGCGCUUGUUUUUAAAAAUUGAAAGUAAACUAGAAAGUUAUGUAUUAUUAUUCCUUUUCUACAUACUGUGGAAUUUCUCCUGGUCAUUUAAUAAAUGUGCCUUCAUUUUUCCAGAA